CGGGGUAGCUUUAUGCUCAAAAGAGAAAGGAAAUGCUGCCACACAGCAAAGUUCGGGCCCUCGUGAAAUUCAGCUGCUCAGCCUUGUGGUACUAAUGUGCAUUAUUUUUGCUACGAGGAGUAUAAGAACGGGGGAGGCAGCUGGUGUACAGGCAGCCUUGGUUGAAAACGCCCUACUACACCUUGAAUCCCCCUAAACUUCGCAGCUUGAAGAUAUCCAAGAUGUUCAGCUCGAUUGCAACUCUGCUCGCCUUCAGCGUAACUGUUUACGGUGUAGCUUUCGAUGGACCCCUUCCAACACCCAUCGAUGACCUCCUCCACGCCGAUAUCAAUGGGUGGUCACCAAAGCCUACAAAUGAACCGCGCUCUCUUCCCGACCUCUUCCGUCGACAAAACGAUGACGGGUUGUGCGGAUACAUCCAGGGCGAUGCAGAGCUACCGGUAUCCUGUACGACGGGCGGCUGCUUCUACAAUACCGUGCUCGACUGGUUUGGCUGCUGCACUGGCUCCUCUAUCGACUCCUGCAAGAUUGCAACGCGCUGCAUCGCCUCCUCUGCCGUGGAUGCCUGUCUCGCUAACCCCUCGUGCUCCAACGAUCAAUAUCUCACUGCCUGUACGGCGUCCAGCGCACCCUUCUGCGCGGAAAUGUAUAGUGUUGUCUCGCGGAAGACGGUCAGUCACCUAGUGUGUGCUCCGACGGCGACGGUCGUGCAAGUUCUUAGGUCGAGUGGGAGUUUAGGUAGUGCGUCGAGCCUGAGGGUAUCAUCGAUUUUGAGGACAUCGAGCGCGAGGGUUACGAGUUUGGCCCCGUCGAGGAUUUUAUCUGCGAGGCCUUCUUCAUCGACGUUAGAUGAAGAUGAUGAGGAAUCGAGUGUCAUAGUGGCUGAUACGAGGUCAACAACGGAUGUACAGAGUGCUGGGUCAUCCAGUGCUUCCCUGACCGUGGCAGCUACUAGUUCCCAGUCGACGGCUGGCGCUGCUAUGCAGACCGUUGCAGCAGUUGUUGGUGCGGCCGGAGGUCUUGCGGGUGCGAUUGCUUUGUUGUUCUAG